UUAAUUAAGUGAUGAGCAGAAUUUAUUGACCAGUGACACCAUUUGUGUGCGAGAGAGAGAGAGCGCAGAGGCCAAACGACUGUGUGCGCGUUUCGUGGUCGUUGUCGCUUUAAGGAAAUGCACUUGCAGCCAUUUUCUGGUCUUUGUGUGGGGUGGAUUAGUGGAGAGGCACUGAGCGAAACGAGAGCAUCAAUUGUAGGACGGCGAGAGAAAAAACGUCCCCGAUCAUCGGUUUUCUCACAGCGGAGUACCCCACUCUCCGUCCGUUGGUUUCCGAACGGACAUGCAAGUUGCAGACUGGGCUGCCUUGUGAGUGAACCCGCGUCGCUAUGACAACCCACGUGACCCUGGAAGAUGCGCUGUCCAACGUGGACCUGCUGGAGGAGCUGCCCCUCCCUGACCAGCAGCCAUGCAUCGAGCCUCCACCCUCCUCCAUCAUGUACCAGGCCAACUUUGACACCAACUUUGAAGACCGAAAUGCGUUUGUCACCGGGAUCGCCCGCUACAUCGAGCAGGCUACUGUGCACUCCAGCAUGAAUGAGAUGCUGGAGGAGGGGCACGAGUAUGCGGUCAUGCUCUACACCUGGAGGAGCUGCUCCCGAGCCAUUCCUCAGGUGAAGUGCAAUGAGCAGCCCAAUCGGGUGGAGAUCUACGAGAAGACUGUGGAGGUGCUGGAACCUGAGGUCACCAAGCUCAUGAAGUUCAUGUACUUCCAGCGGAAAGCCAUUGAGCGUUUCUGUAGUGAGGUGAAGCGGCUGUGCCAUGCCGAGCGCAGGAAGGACUUUGUGUCGGAGGCCUACCUGCUCACACUGGGAAAGUUCAUCAACAUGUUCGCCGUGCUGGACGAGCUGAAGAACAUGAAGUGCAGCGUUAAGAACGACCACUCCGCCUACAAACGAGCCGCUCAGUUCCUCAGAAAAAUGGCCGACCCACAGUCUAUCCAGGAGUCGCAGAAUCUUUCCAUGUUCCUGGCCAAUCAUAACAGGAUCACACAGUGUCUGCAUCAGCAGCUGGAGGUGAUCCCCGGCUACGAGGAGCUCCUGGCCGACAUCGUCAACAUCUGUGUGGACUACUACGAGAACAAGAUGUACCUAACGCCCAGCGAGAAACACAUGCUGCUAAAGGUCAUGGGGUUUGGCCUUUACCUGAUGGACGGAAAUGUCAGCAACAUCUACAAACUAGAUGCCAAGAAGAGGAUAAACCUUGGCAAAAUCGACAAGUUCUUUAAGCUACAGGUGGUCCCCCUGUUCGGCGACAUGCAGAUCGAACUGUCACGAUACAUUGAAACCAGUGCCCACUACGAGGAGAACAAGUCCAAGUGGACGUGCACCCAGAGUGGCAUCAGCCCCCAGUACAACCUGUGUGAGCAAAUGGGUCAGAUCCGUGACGACCACAUUCGCUUCAUCUCGGAGCUGGCGCGCUACAGCAACAGCGAGGUGGUGACGGGCUCGGGCCUGGACAGCCAGAAGUCGGACGAGGAGUACCGCGAGCUCUUCGACCUGGCGCUCCGCGGCCUGCAGCUGCUCUCCAAGUGGAGCACGCACGUCAUGGAAGUGUAUUCGUGGAAGCUGGUGCACCCGACCGACAAGUUCUGCAACAAGGACUGUCCUGGCACGGCGGAGGAGUACGAGCGCGCCACGCGCUACAACUACACCAGCGAGGAGAAGUUCGCCAUGGUGGAGGUCAUCGCCAUGAUCAAGGGCCUGCAGGUGCUCAUGGGCCGCAUGGAGAGCGUCUUCAACCAGGCCAUACGCAACACCAUCUACGCCGCCCUGCAGGACUUCGCCCAGAUGACCCUGCGCGAGCCGCUCCGCCAGGCCGUGCGCAAGAAGAAGAACGUGCUCAUUAGUGUUCUUCAGGCUAUCCGGAAAACGAUCUGUGACUGGGAGGGUGCGAGGGAGCCUCCUAAUGACCCCUGCCUUCGGGGCGAGAAGGACCCCAAAGGAGGCUUUGACAUCAAAGUGCCCCGCAGGGCUGUGGGACCUUCCAGCACACAGCUGUACAUGGUCCGUACCAUGCUGGAGUCCCUGAUUGCUGACAAGAGCGGCUCCAAGAAGACCUUGCGGAGCAGUCUGGACGGGCCCAUCGUGCAGGCCAUUGAGGACUUCCACAAGCACUCCUUCUUCUACACACACCUGCUCAACUUCAGCGAGGCCCUUCAGCAGUGCUGUGACCUCUCUCAGUUGUGGUUCCGGGAGUUCUUCCUGGAGCUGACCAUGGGCCGCCGCAUCCAGUUCCCCAUUGAGAUGUCCAUGCCCUGGAUCCUCACUGACCACAUCCUGGAGACCAAGGAGCCUUCCAUGAUGGAGUAUGUUCUCUAUCCUCUGGACCUGUAUAACGACAGUGGCUACUACGCCCUCACCAAGUUCAAGAAGCAGUUUCUGUACGACGAGAUUGAGGCUGAGGUGAAUCUGUGCUUCGACCAGUUUGUUUACAAGUUGGCAGAUCAGAUAUUUGCUUAUUACAAGGCAAUGGCUGGGAGUGUUCUACUGGACAAGCGCUUCAGGGCGGAGUGCAAGAACUAUGGAGUGAUUAUUCCCUACCCUCCCUCCAACCGCUAUGAGACACUGCUGAAGCAAAGACACGUACAGCUGCUGGGUCGCUCCAUCGACCUGAACAGGCUGAUCACGCAGCGUAUUUCAGCGGCCAUGUACAAGUCUCUGGACCACGCCAUUAGCCGCUUCGAGAGCGAGGACCUCACUUCCGUUGUGGAGCUGGACUGGUUGCUGGAGGUGAACCGUCUGACCCACCGGCUGCUGUGCAAGCAUAUGACACUGGACAGCUUUGACGCCAUGUUCCGCGAGGCCAACCACAACGUGUCAGCCCCGUACGGUCGCAUCACGCUGCACGUCUUCUGGGAGCUGAACUUCGACUUCCUCCCCAACUACUGCUACAACGGCUCCACUAACCGGUUUGUGCGGACAGCCAUUCCCUUUACACAGGAGCCUCAGAGGGACAAACCGGCCAACGUCCAACCUUACUACUUGUACGGCUCCAAGCCUCUGAACAUCGCCUACUCCCACAUCUACAGCUCCUACAGGAACUUUGUGGGGCCGCCGCACUUCAAGACAAUCUGCCGUCUCCUUGGUUACCAGGGCAUUGCCGUGGUGAUGGAGGAGCUGCUCAAGAUCGUCAAAAGCUUGCUGCAGGGCACUAUCCUCCAGUACGUCAAGACCCUGAUCGAGGUGAUGCCCAAGAUCUGCCGCUUGCCACGGCACGAGUAUGGCUCCCCAGGCAUCUUGGAGUUCUUUCACCACCAGCUGAAGGACAUCAUUGAGUACGCUGAACUGAAGACGGACGUCUUCCAGAGUCUGAGGGAGGUGGGCAAUGCCAUUCUCUUCUGCCUCCUCAUCGAACAGGCUCUGUCACAGGAAGAAGUUUGUGACCUCCUUCACGCCGCGCCAUUUCAGAACAUUCUCCCCAGAGUCUACAUCAAAGAGGGCGAGCGUUUGGAGGUGAGGAUGAAGAGGCUAGAAGCGAAGUACGCCCCUCUCCACCUGGUCCCUCUGAUCGAGAGACUGGGAACCCCACAGCAAAUCGCCAUCGCGCGCGAGGGUGACCUGCUGACCAAGGAGCGACUGUGCUGCGGGCUGUCCAUGUUUGAGGUGAUCCUGACGCGCAUCCGCAGCUUCCUGCAGGACCCCGUGUGGCGCGGGCCGCCCCCCACCAACGGCGUCAUGCACGUGGAUGAGUGCAUGGAGUUCCACCGCCUCUGGAGCGCCAUGCAGUUUGUCUACUGCAUCCCCGUGGGAACGCACGAGUUCACCGCCGAGCAGUGCUUUGGGGAUGGGUUGAACUGGGCCGGCUGUGCCAUCAUCGUGUUGCUGGGACAACAGCGCCGCUUUGACCUCUUUGACUUCUGUUACCAUCUGCUGAAAGUCCAGCGGCAAGAUGGCAAAGACGAAAUCAUCAAGAAUGUGCCCUUGAAGAAAAUGGCUGACCGCAUCAGGAAGUACCAGAUCCUCAACAACGAGAUCUUCGCCAUCCUCAACAAGUACAUGAAGGCCGUAGAAACGGACAGUUCCACGGUAGAGCAUGUGCGCUGUUUCCAGCCUCCCAUCCACCAGUCUCUGGCCACCACGUGUUGAAAGUGACCCACGACGGCCACCCUGCCCCCCUCGUGCUCCUGCGCCACCCCCUACCAUCUCUUCUCCCCGGAACCCAUUACAGCUCACCAAAUCGCCACACACCCACACACAUACACACGUGUCAUACACACCCAACACACACACCCAUCGUGAGUUCUGAUACCGUGGACCCUCCCUGAUGUACGGAAGUUCCAAAUGGACUCUCUUUACCUCCAGACUCUUUUGAAGGCACUCGAGGGCCAGUGGCCUUUCUGUGCUCGUUCUCUCUCUUUCUCUUCCUCUCUUCCUCUCUCUCUCUCUCUCUCUCUCUCUCUCUCUCUCUCUCUCUCUCUCUCUCUCUCUCUCUCUCUCUCUCUCUCUCUCUCUCUCUCUCUCUCUCUCUCUCUCUCUCUAUAGCUUUUUCAGUUUUAACACUCUUCGCAGUCCCCAGCUGAAAGAUCACAGCACACCUUAAAAGGUGUAGAGCGGAACUAGAGGUGGAAAGGGAUCCACUGGAUUUCUUUUUUGAUCAGCCCGGGCCCAAAGCGUAACUAUAAAGGCAACAACAAACAAACAAAGAGAAAACAUAAAGAGGGAUAGCUGAUACAGCAUGAGAACUGUGAAAGGUUUUGACAGAUUUCAUGCUACAAAGAUGAGAGAGAACUACUAAAAAAUAUGUUAUUCAGAGUAAAAUUAGACUAUUUUUUUCUUCAUUUUAAAUUCAUGUCAUAUAACCAUUGAGUCUUUGGUGACUGAGAAAAAAAGUAUACGUCAUAGAUUUCCUUACUUUUUUAACAAUCUAAUGUCCCCCUGUAAAAUCAUUCAGUAAAGCAGAGAAAUCCAAAUCACCUUGUGUUGCCCAAGCACCCUUUAAAAAAAUAUUUUAUUUCUUCACUUUAUACUCGGCCCAGGUCAGGGCAACACAUUUGUCGUAUGUAAAAAAAAUAAUUAUUUAAUUUUUGAUUUGAUAAUUUGGACACAACGAAUUAAUCUCAAUGUCUGUAUGUAUAAAGCCCUCUCUGAGCCCCCUCACUGUGGAGUGUAUGAAAAGAAAACAAACAAAAAAGACUACAGCUUUCUGAAUUCUUGUAUUUAUUUGAUCUCUAUCCUUUUUAGACUUCUGUGCCAUUUUAUUAAUGCCUGUGUUCCACUGUAAAGAAAAAAGAUUUGGAGUUUGACUAAACAAGGUACUGAGUGUAGUAAUUGUUAUUUGUUUUUAAAUAUCAUCUCAUGAUCUAAACCUUCAGCAUACUUGCCUUUACUAAUAUUUGAAAAUCAUGAGUUUUUAAUUGAGCCCAUCACCAGUUUGUUUGAAUGGUUUACACAUUUAUUUUUCCUCGCGCACAUACCUACCAUGAAGAGAGCAGUGCUGUUGCUAAGCUGUACAAGUCAGUACUGUGUGACCGACCCAUAGGAAAGUCUUCUGAUAUACCUCUUGUGGUGCUGCCAGGCCAGGGUCUCUAACAUGUCCCCUUGUUAGCAGAGUGAACAGCAUGGUAAUCACCUAUGAACUGCAGGUAGAGCAGAGCAUAGAAGCAGUAAUUUUAGCAAAAUUACUGGAAGAGAUGAGAGAAGUCAAACGGAUUUUUGAAGCUAAUAAACAAAUGUUGCCUCUUUCACAGAUGAAGGAAAGUUAGAGGAGAGAGAAGGAAUUAGUAAAGGUGUAUUCAGUAUUCACUAUUCUGAUCUCUUUGAUUUAGCAGUGUUAAAAAACAAAUGCAAUUUGUUUCUCUCUUCUCAUUUUAUAUUCAUAUAAAAGAAACAUUUAAGAGACUGUCUGGUAUGGCAGCUGUUACUGUAAAUUCAUAUAUGAGUUCACUCACUCAUCCACUGUUAUAACUUUUUUGGACUUUGUUCUACUGUUUUUAUUUGGGUACAGUAUUUGUUUUAAGUAAUUGGUUUCUUUACAGUACUAUAUUUAUGCAUACAGUACACUCUACUGUUCCUUGAAGGGGUGAAUCUGUUGAUAUAAAAGUAAUAAAUAAAUGAAGUGAAAAUUAACGAAGCAUUGUUUUCAGAAAAAAAACUUAGCAUGACCAGUGUAAUUUAUUGUCAUCAUGAGACUCUUUGUGAAAUGAGGUUUUGUUCAUGAUGUUGUUGUACGAGUGAUCAUGUUUUUGAAAUACAAAAAACCGUGAAGAAAAUAAUGAAAAUGUACAACAAAUGGUCCUGCAAAGGAAGUCAAAUUGUUGUAUUUCCAUGAAAUAAAAAAGAUCUAACUAAA